AUGGCAUCUGCUGGUCUGCAAAUCCUGGGGAUCGUCCUGACCCUGUUUGGCUGGGUGAAUGCCCUGGUGUCCUGCACCCUGCCACUGUGGAAGGUGACCGCCUUCAUCGGCAACAGCAUUGUGGUGGCUCAGGUGGUGUGGGAGGGGCUGUGGAUGUCCUGCGUGGUGCAGAGCACGGGCCAGAUGCAGUGCAAGGUGUACGACUCGCUGCUGGCGCUGCCGCAGGACCUGCAGGCUGCCCGGGCCCUCUGUGUCAUCACUCUCCUCGUGGCCCUGCUCGGCCUGCUGGUCUACCUCGCUGGAGCCAAGUGCACCACCUGCGUGGAGGACAAGGACUCCAAGGCCCGCCUGGUGCUCACCUCUGGGAUCAUCUUUCUCAUCUCGGGGGUCCUGACCCUGAUCCCUGUGUGCUGGACGGCCCACACCAUCAUCCAGGACUUCUACAACCCUCUGGUGGUAGAGGCCCAAAAACGGGAGCUGGGAGCCUCCCUCUACCUGGGCUGGGCGGCUUCCGGCCUUUUGUUGCUGGGUGGGGGGCUACUGUGCUGCACCUGCCCCUCUGGGGGCUCCCGGGGCUCCAGACAUUAUAUGGCCCGAUACUCAGUAUCAGCCCCACAUACCGCCUCUCGGGGUCCCUCCGAAUACCCCACUAAGAAUUACGUCUAA